AUGGAAUCCCAGAACCAAUCCGCGCCAACGCACCCGUCACAUAACCGGCCGACGCCAGUCUAUGAUCCCACACAAGGCGGACACUAUGGUCUUGCCUCGCAAGGCUUUGCGCCGGCAGAGCUCUACACCGGACCCUGGGCUAACGUAGUUCACCAGGGCCUCACAGGCCAGUACAAGGACAUCUUGACGACUUACUGGCAGCAAACCAUCAGCCACCUGGAGAGCGACACGCACGACUACAAGAUUCAUCAGCUGCCCCUCGCUCGCAUCAAAAAGGUCAUGAAGGCCGAUCCCGAAGUCAAGAUGAUAUCCGCCGAAGCGCCCAUCCUCUUCGCCAAGGGCUGCGACAUAUUCAUCACGGAGCUCACCAUGCGAGCCUGGAUUCAUGCCGAGGAAAACAAGAGGCGCACGCUGCAGCGCUCCGACAUUGCCUCUGCGCUCGCAAAGUCCGACAUGUUUGAUUUCCUCAUCGACAUUGUCCCUCGUGAGGAGGCUACCGCACAUGCUAAACGAACCAACACACAGCCGUCCGCCGCCCAAUCCGUCCCCGGCGCAGGCCAGGCACCCAUGCCCGGGCAGCACGCCGGCAUGGCCCCGGCGGCCGGCCAUCCGUCGUCCCACUCCAUGGCCACCGCAGACUACAUAGGCGGGCAUGCGCUUCCGUCUGAGCAGGACUACAGGCAGCCCCCCAGCAUGAUGUAUGGUGAGAUGGAUAACAUGUACCAGUAUUCAGCAAUGCAGCCGCAACAGGCUAACCGCCGCCGACAGCCGCCCAUGCCAUCCGAAGACUUUGAAUAG